AUGACCACCCUCGGCGACGACCUCCUCCGCACCGUCAACAAACUCCAAGAUCUCGUCUUUAAUACGAUCGGAAAUGACUCUCUCGAUCUCCCCCAGAUAGUCGUCGUUGGCUCCCAAUCUUCGGGAAAAUCCUCUGUCCUUGAAAACAUCGUCGGCCGAGACUUUCUCCCUCGAGGCAGCGGUAUUGUCACUCGUCGACCUCUGAUAUUACAAUUAAUCAAUAUCCCACCCGAUGAUGAUGGCAUAAAUGGCAAUGACGAGAUCCAUGUCCCUCACACUGCCGCCAGCGUGGCAGAACACGGAGAAUGGGGAGAGUUUCACCACGUCCCUGGCCGCAAGUUCGUGGACUUCAAUCAAGUCAGAGCUGAGAUCGAGAACGAGACGGCAAGAAUAGCGGGAAACAACAAGGGCAUCAACCGACAACCUAUCAACCUCAAAAUUUUCUCUCCGCAUGUUUUGAACUUGACUUUGGUGGAUCUCCCGGGUUUGACCAAAGUUCCGAUCGGUGAUCAACCGUCAGACAUUGAGAAACAAACACGAAACCUGAUAUCCGAAUACAUUGCGAAACCGAACAGCAUCAUUCUUGCCGUCUCACCGGCAAACGUCGACAUUGUCAAUUCAGAAGCUCUCAAGCUUGCGCGUCAUGUCGAUCCCAUGGGAAGAAGGACCAUUGGCGUCCUCACCAAAUUGGAUUUGAUGGAUCAUGGUACAAAUGCCCUGGAUAUUCUGUCUGGUCGCGUGUACCCGCUCAAACUUGGAUUUAUCGGUGUCGUCAACCGGUCGCAACAAGACAUCCAAACCCGAAAGCCAAUGUCAGAAGCUCUCAAAUCCGAAGCCGAAUUCUUCAGACACCAUCCGGCAUACCGAAAUAUGGCGACCAGAUGUGGAACACAAUACCUUGCGAAGACUUUGAACACCACUCUCAUGUCACAUAUUCGCGAUCGCUUACCAGAUAUCAAGGCCCGAUUAAACACCUUGAUGGGACAGACACAGCAAGAGCUGGCUAGUUACGGGAGCAAACAAUUCAGCGGGAAAGAACAUCGCGGCUCGCUGAUUCUACAACUGAUGACUCGUUUCGCAACCUCAUUCAUCUCCUCGAUUGAUGGUACAUCAUCCGAAAUCUCGACCAAAGAGCUUUGCGGCGGCGCCAGAAUAUAUUACAUUUUCAACUCGGUCUUUGGCAAUUCUUUGGAAACCAUCGAUCCGACUCACAAUCUCUCCGUGCUCGACAUCCGAACCGCCAUUCGAAAUUCCACCGGCCCUCGACCGAGCCUUUUCGUUCCCGAACUUGCAUUCGAUUUACUGGUCAAGCCUCAAAUCAAGCUUUUGGAAAUUCCCAGUCAACGAUGUGUUGAAUUGGUCUAUGAGGAAUUGAUCAAGAUAUGUCAUACUUGUGGGUCGACAGAGUUGUCAAGAUUUCCCAGAUUACAAGGCAAACUCAUUGAAGUGGUAUCGGACCUCCUCCGCGAGCGAUUGGGGCCUUGUUCUAGUUAUGUCGAGUCUCUAAUUGCCAUUCAACGGGCAUACAUCAAUACUAACCAUCCUAAUUUCCUUGGCGCCGCCGCAGCAAUGUCAUCAGUCAUUGCCAGCAAGAAUGAAAAGGACAAGAAAGCAGCACAAGCGGAAGAGAGAAGAAAACGAGAAAAACAACGAAUAAAGCAACUAGGCAUAAAUGGCGCUGCCACUCCAGAUGAUGAAGAAGCCGACCAAGAAGACAAGCCAGCGGCCCUCCCCAAUCGAAAACAUCCCAACCUGAACAGAAGCAUGUCUCCUGCUGUGACGCGAGAGAAAGAGAAUGGAAUAGGCGGCAUUGCUGCCCCAACUGGAUCUGCCGGGGCAGCAAGAGAUUCGUUCUUGAAUUACUUCUUCGGCAAGGAGGGAGGACUGCCAUCUGGACUUCCUCCCGCUCCACCAUCCACAUCCGCUGGGCAACGGCAUGUAAGCCAUGCGGUGGACCCAAGUUUCUCACAGAGUAUGCGCAGGAUGAACCGAGGUAGCUUCACUGAUCGGUCUCCCGUUUAUCCUCCCCACAUGAACGACGACUACGCGCCUGUUUCCGAAUUUGGCGAAUCAACAUCUUUUUUCCCCGAACAAUCCGCCGAACCUGUUCUCACGGAUCGAGAAGCCCUCGAAACCGAACUGAUCCGCCGACUGAUCAGCUCGUACUUCAACAUCGUUCGCGAAACGAUUGCGGACCAGGUUCCCAAGGCUAUCAUGCAUUUACUCGUCAAUCAUAGCCGGGAUGAAGUGCAGAACCGCCUCGUCAGCGAGUUAUACAAGGAGGAAUUGUUUGGCGAAUUGCUGUAUGAAGAUGACGGGAUUAAAAAGGAGAGAGAGAAGUGUGAGAAAUUGCUGACUACGUAUAAAGAAGCCGCGAGGAUCGUCGGGGAAGUGUUGUAG